CAUAUAUAGAUCAUAUUAAUUUGUAUAAUACUAUUGAUAUUUUUUAACUAAUUUGCUUAUCAUUAAUUACAAAGACAUAUAUUAUAUAUCCGUCCAUUUUUUAAUUUGAAACAUUAGCCAAAAAUCUGCUAUCAGACUUGUAUCUGACAAGUAUCUUUAUGACACGGUACAACUCGAAGAUCACGCACAUUGUUAUGGGUUAGAACUGUCAUUCGUUGAGUAUAUAAACACGGUGGGAAGUUUGGAGUCUCAUUACUUCGCUUUUCUCAAAUGUCACAACCUGUAAAAUGUCUGUUACCGAAGAAAGAAUCCAAGAAUUAAAUAGAAGAUUUUUGGAAUUUAUGAACAAGUCUGAAAACGUGGAAAACGCUACUAAAGAGAUCUACGAGGACCUCUUAGACGAAGUUUUAAUGGGUUUUGUUUUUGAUGUACACAGAACCACAAAAACGGGAAGUUCUGAUGUUGAAGAAGGUAUCCCCGAUGACGAAUCGUACGCUAUUGUAGAUUCGCCAGGAUUAGAUGUCUUUGGGCAACAUCCAGUGAAAAAAUCGCAAGAAUGUAAUUGUCCGAAUUGUGAUAGAGGUGUAGCAGCUUGUAGAUUUGCAACACAUUUAGAAAAGUGUAUGGGUAUGGGACGUAAUAGUUCGCGUAUUGCAUCGAGAAGAAUAGCUAAUAAUUCUAAAGAUCUUAGUACAUUCAGUGGAGUAAUAAGUGACGACGACGACGAUGUCGAUUGGAGUUUAAAUAAUGAUAAACGUAAGAGAAGAAAAGAUCGUAAUGGAAUGAAGAGGACGAAACAACAAAAAAACAAUCAAAGAAAUGGUGAUAAUCUUAAUGAACAUAUCCAUAGCAGUAAUGAAAAUUCACCAUCUAAUUACGAAAAUAUGUCUUUGGAAGAUAAGAGAGCGCUAUUGACGCAAAUAUGUGGUGUAAUAUCUGAACAUACAAAAAAGCUUUGUACAAGGUCUAUGCGUUGUCCGCAGCAUACGGAAGAUCAGAGGAAAGAAAUGCGUGCUAAUUUAGAAUCUGAAAAAAGUGGACAGAGUGGUCAAGACAAUCUUCAUGUAGAUGUAGAUACUUAUGAAGACAAUGACGGACAAAAUUUAAGAGAUGCCUUGGCACGAUGGGACCGAGAAGGAUCUAGCCAUUCGAGUCCUGCUGACUCUACUUCAACCACUUCUACAUCUUCCUUAAGUAGAAAAAGAGAAACAAAAUCAAAGGGGAAGGGUAAAGGUUCUAAACGAGAUCGUGGUUCUCCUAUUUCGCAAGGGGAUUGAGAUAGUGUAUUUAAUUUAUUUUUUAGUGACAUGAACAUUUUGACAACAAAAAUUAUAUAAUAAUGUUCCUACGCAUUGUGCAAAGCUUCAAGGACCUAAAAAACAUUGUAAAGAAAGAGUGUAAAAUUAGAAAUUCCUUUGACUCAAUGACCUUUAGAUAUUUAUAAAAUAAAUUAAAUUAUUUCAUCUCUCUUCUCUCUCUCUCUCUCUCUCUCUCUCUUUCUCUCUCUUUCUCUCUCUCUUUCUCUCUCUCUCUUUCUCUCUUUCUCUUUCUCUUUCUCUAUCUCUACUCUAUCUCUAUCUCUAUCUCUAUCUUUUUUUUCUCUCUAUCUUUUUCUCUCAGUUCUUUAUUUUUGUAUUAAAGUAAUGUUUUGUUAAUGCAUUAACAAUUCGCGAAACUGAAAAUCUGAGAGUGAAACAAACUUUGACAAAAACAUACAAUAAAUUAUUAUUAUUAUAAUUUUUUAAUUAUCUCAUUAUUUUUUCAUAAUUUUUAACCAACACAGGUGCGUAGGAUAUCGUUAAAAAGCUUAACAACUGCUUUUCCGUUAUUUUUAAUUAUUCUUCAAAUUUUUAAGUAAAAAUUCAUCUUACAAAUAAAUCUUGCAAUCAAUAAAAUGUAAAUACACACCAGCAAACAUUACAAGUUAAUCCGUAUUGAUAAUAUACAUAUAUCAUUUAAUGUUCAAUUUUGCAACAAAAAUCUUAAUUUUAUAAACUGUGUUAGAUCUUUAUUAAUUAAUCAAGGUAUUCUAAUUUGCGAAUUAAAUGGUCGAGGAAGUCUUUAAUAAAGCACAAGUUAUAUAAAUAAGAAUUCUUCAUGACCGUCUUGAACGUCAUCGAAUAUUGUUCGAAAAAAAAAAAAGAAAAAAAGAAAGAAAGAAAUAAACAGAUUUUUACACAUCGUGUCAUAUAAAGAUUGAUAAAUAAAUGCAUUUUUAAAAAAAUAAAAAAUUGAA